UUUUCAUAUCGGCUCCUGUAUGUAACACAAAGGUCUCUGAUUUUCCAGAGUCUAAACCUGUUUUUAUCCAUCAAUACAGAUCACGACAAGGACCAAGAGAAACCACAGAGCUGCAACUGUGAAGACAACCCCAAAUCCAGCAAAAAAAGGUCGCGGGCAGCAUUUUCUCACGCACAGGUGUACGAGCUGGAGCGCCGCUUUAACCUGCAGCGGUACCUGUCCGGUCCAGAACGGGCCGACCUGGCAGGAGCGCUCAAACUGACCGAGACCCAGGUGAAGAUCUGGUUCCAGAACAGGAGAUACAAAACUAAACGGCGACAAAUGGCAGCCGAGCUCGCGACAACUCCCACGACAACCCUGGCAAAGAGAGUGGCAGUGAAAGUACUGGUGAGAAAUGACCAGAGGCAAUACAACACAGAGGAGCUGCCCAGUCCGUCUGCUCCUCCAUUAUACCAGUCAUUCCCUUACUAUCCUUACAUGUUCUGCUUCCAGCCGUGGGUCUCAGGAAACACUUUAAGUGGUGGCUUGUACUGAUUUACCGGAGCUGUAGCAUCAUAUGGAAAGUGACUGUGGAGACACAAACAGUCAAAAAACAGCCAAAGAGGAAACAAAACUGCAAUUCCUCCGUGGAUUAUCAAUGCUGAAACUAUAAUAAACUAUAUGACCAGAGGAAUAUAGAGAUAUAUACUGAUGUUCACUAUCAAUCAUUUCAAUAAUGAUCAUUAAGCCAAAGCAAAGACAAUUCACUCAAACGAGUUUCUCUCAUUUGUAGUUAUAUCCGUCUUUUUUAAUGUUGUACAGUAAUGCAUUUGGAACAAGUAAAUUGUAUUGCUUUAGAUAACAAAAUAUUAAACUUACCAAUUUUGA